AACUAAACAAACAUUCUAAAAAUUUUAAUUAAAAUUAAAAGUAUUCAAUAUUUUUUUUAGUCAUUUUGGUAUCAAAAUUUGGACUGACACAAUUUGUUUGAAUGCGCAUUCGCAUAAAUCUUUCGACGGAGCAAAAGGUUUAGCCGCCAUCAUCCAUGGCUCUUCACCAUUGCUUCACCUCUUCGACCUUCAAAUCCUUGAAGCUCGCGGCCCUCCCGUCUCUCUCCCUCUUCCCGCCGCGUCCUAAAACCCCGCCUGUACGCCAGUUGCUCAGAGCUCUCUCUGUUUCCGCCGCCGUAGACCAAUCCACAGUCGCCGGCGCCUCCGCCUCUACCAGAGAAGAAACUCCGAAGCCUCACCGUUGGAAAGCUGCGAUCGAUUUCAAGUGGAUUAGGGAGAACAAGGAGUCCGUGGCAGUGAAUAUUAAGAACCGAAACUCCAGCGCGAACUUGGGGCUUGUUCUAGAGCUUUACGAGCGCUUACUCAAUGUUCAGAAGGAAGUUGAAAGGCUUCGUGCAGAAAGAAAUGUGGUUGCGAACAAGAUGAAAGGAAAACUAGAGCCUGCCGAACGCCAGAAACUCAUAGAAGAAGGGAAAAAGUUGAAGGAUGCACUGGUUAGUCUGGAAGAAGACCUCCUGAAGCUCUCUGACGACCUUCAGCAAGAAGCCCAAUGUAUACCAAAUAUGACGCAUCCAGAUGUCCCUGUGGGAGGAGAGGAUUGUUCUACUGUUCGGCAAGUGGUUUCUAAACCUCGUGAAUUUAGCUUCCCUUUGAAGGACCAUGUCCAGCUUGGGAAGGAACUGGAUUUGCUUGAUUUUGAUGCAGCUGCUGAGGUCAGUGGUUCUAAGUUUUAUUACCUAAAAAAUGAAGCUGUCCUGUUAGAAAUGGCUCUUGUGAACUGGACUCUCUCUGAAGUUAUGAAAAGAGGCUUUGUUCCUCUAACUACACCAGAAAUUGUCCGGUCCUCUCUUAUUGAGAAGUGUGGUUUCCAGCCCCGUGGGACUACCACUCAGGUUUACUCCAUCGAGAACACUGAUCAAUGCCUCAUUGGCACAGCAGAGAUUCCAGUUGGGGGAAUUCAUAUGGAUUCCAUACUUCCCAACUCAUCAUUACCAUUGAAGUAUGUGGCGUUCUCCCAUUGUUUCCGCACCGAGGCUGGUGCUGCUGGCACUGCAACAAGGGGUCUUUAUCGAGUGCACCAGUUCAGUAAGGUGGAGAUGUUCAUAAUAUGCCGGCCAGAGGAAAGCAAUGCUUAUCACGAAGAGCUUAUUGGAAUUGAAGAAGACCUCUUUGCAUCUCUUGGAUUUCAUUUCAGAACAAUGGAGAUGGCAUCAGAGGAUUUAGGUGCACCCGCAUAUCGUAAAUUUGAUGUGGAGGCAUGGAUGCCUGGUCUUGGCCGCUAUGGUGAGAUAUCCAGUGCUUCAAACUGUACAGACUACCAGAGCCGGAGACUGGGAAUAAGGUACCGUCCAGAUUCGUCAUCGUCGUCUGCCAUCCCGAAGGGGAAAAAUGUGGGUCCCCCGCAGUUCGUCCACACACUAAAUGCCACUGCAUGCGCAGUUCCACGCAUGAUUGUGUGCUUGCUCGAGAACUAUCAGCAAGAAGAUGGGUCUGUUGUCAUUCCUGAUCCCCUGCGCCCUUUCAUGGGUGGUCUGCAUUCAAUCAAACCUAGAUUCAAGUAGGACUACUCGAACCAUUGUUUGUGUUUUGUAUGCAUUGUGUUGUUUGCACCCCCGCCCAAUGUUUUUCUUGGGAUAUUAUACGAGAAAUAUUUGUAUUGUGGUUUUUUUUAUGUCCUUUGCCUGCAAUUUUUUUAGAGAUCUCCGGUUCUCAGAUAAAUGUUCAUUACGACUUUCUACAUACCUUAGGAAUCAAACAAAUAUAAUAGCACUGGAAAU